UUUGCAGCAGAAAAGUUUGCCUCCAACUUCUACAAGAAUGUUCAAUUUCAAUGCCCCUCCAGAGAAAAGCGAAUCCUCUAAACCUCAAGGUAAUAUGGCGAAUUUUUCAAGUGACAUAUCUGAGAAACCUUUCUCCAGCUCUCCAUGUGGUUUUUUGGGUAAUGUUAAGAAUAUGAGCAAGAUUAUUCAUCACCAAAGAACCACUGCCAUGAGUACGAGCACUCAAAAUUGCUCAUCAACUCUGCCGAAUUAUGGGGAUUUCACAUUUGGAUCAGUUCAGGAAGACAAUUCAUAUUUUGAAGGUUCUGGCAUGAUGCAAAGUUCAAAUCAGCCUUUGAACAAGCCGAUUGGCCAUCCCCCUGGAUUUUACAGAAAUUUGAAGGAUUCGGCAGACACCUUAUGUGAAGUUUUGCAGCAGAAAAGUUUGCCUCCAACUUCUACAAGAAUGUUUAACUCCGAUGCCCCUUCAGAGAAAAACCCAUCUUCCAUUUGGAGUAGUAUGCCAUCAACUUCACAUGAUUUCUUGAAGUCACAAAAGUAUAAGGGUGGGCAAUCUGCUGCAGCAGCUUCCAAUGUGAAGGAAAUGAUGACUCUUGCCGAAAAGUUAGCUCAACCAACAAAUGUCCCUGGUAGCCCCGAUAGGGAUUAUUAUAAUACUGAACAUCUUUUUGAUGCACCUGCUUUCAAUGAGGGUGAAACUUCAAGUUUUUCAACCUCUGGGCUUAGAGCCUUACCCAAUACAGAACACAAGGGUGGACAAUCUUCUUUCACUCGUCGUAGCCUGUAUGAGUCUUAUGACUCACAUAAUGCCUCACACAGUGACUCCAUCCUUGUUCGGGGCAGCAGUUCUGAUGAGGUAGUAACUGAGGAUGUUUCUCCAAGAACUAAGGAAGUUUCUGCAAAAACUAUUUCUAGGAGAACUAAGGAAGUUUCUGGGAGAACGCCUAAGGAAGUUUCUGGGGGAACUAAGGAAGUUUCUGGAAGGAAUUCAUUGUCUACACUGUUUUCUAAGACGAAUAAGGUGGUAACAGGUUCUGAAGCUGAUAAGCCAAAAAAAGGCAAGGCCAAUUCAAAGGGCUGUAAUAAUAAGGAAGAGUCUCCUGUUGCGGAUCUUGAAUCAAAAGCUAAUAAGCCACACAAGAAGCAGAAGAAACCGACAGAAGAGGACUCAACUGCCACAAACCCAAUGAGUAUGAGUGGGACCAACACCAAGGAUAAGAAUCUAUUGAAGAAGUCCACUUCACGUGGGGGAGGUCGGGGUGGAAGGGGUGGACGGGGUGGAAGGGGGGUGGAAAAGUAG